AGCGGCAAGGUUUGUUGCCAGGGGAGGACGAUGCCGCUGGGGCUGAUACUGGGCUCGAUCGGGAGGUCGAUGCGGCGGAAGCGGACGUCCUCGCUCAACAUCCUCUCCUCCAAGAGGGCGCCCCGGGACUACUACAAGGGCAAGAACUGCAAGCCCACCGGGUUCCACACUCGCAAAGGUGGGUAUGUGAUGGUGGACGCCAAGUUGCCAAGAUUUGUGGUCCCUGACUUGACUGAUUUCAAGUUGAAGCCAUAUGUAUCGCAAUGCGCCAGGGAGGACCUUGCAGCCAACUCAACAGCCUCCGCUUCAGCGGAAUCUACUGAAAACAAAAACUGAUAUGUUAGAUGUUCAGUCGUUGCUUGUUUCACAAGAAUACGGUGGGGCUCUGCAGCUAUGUUUUCCAUCCGGUGACCAUGUUCAGAAUAUGUAGCCUCGUCAACAUUGCUGCAUGUGAACUAUUCCAUGCGUAACUGCAAACUCUGUGCUUCAGCAUAAAUCGUUGGAAAACUUACCAUUAUUAGAUGUACCAUGUACUCUGAGUUCACUAUUUCUGGCGUUAGUGGUAUUCAUUUGAUCAUUUCUGAA